AGUGGAUGGAGCAGGGGUCCUUUCAAGUUACAGACCUGGCACUAUCCGAUUCUCCGGGCAUUUUUGCCAAGUCUGACCAUUCGAUAUUUGUGGAGUCUAUGGAUUGACAAAGGCGACAGAUGAGAUGUGCUCUUCUAAAUUUUGAGUAGCCUAUCUGGCUGCAUAGCACGAGCUUUAAUUCUUCCUGUCCAUUCGCCUUACCUCGCGAACACUGGGUCGCGCGGAGUUUCUUAAAAUACGUUGUAUUUUCAAGUGCCGGGAGUGGGAUGCGACGCAAGGAGAACUAAUAGUUUAGAUUUAAUAGGCAUCUGGGAUGGAGUUCGGCCGAUUUGCGGCAAUGCACGGACUUGGAGAAAGACCUGCUACGUGAGAGAGCACGAUUUGUCCUGAAGAAGUGUAGAAUGCAUCGGAACCAUUCAAGUCUUUGUGCUGCCUACUGAGCCGCGUUUCAGGGGUCCACCACUGAAAGGCUGCCCGCCUCAGCUCUGCCUGGCUGUCCCACAUCGUCUCAGGCUGCGUCAGAUAUAACAAAAAGCCACACUGGAACAACACAAUACUUUGUAAAUGAGAAGAUGAUUGGUGAAGAAUCUCUAAGAACCACAGAUCGUUGACGUUCUUUUGGCCCGGAGCUUUUUCAUUUGAGUAUCGCUGACUGGUGGUCAUCAAUUAGCAUCUGGAGAGUGUCCCCACCGACGGAACAAAAUGGCCUUAGCUCCGCUGAGGUGUCCACUUGUUCACUGGCUGCUCAUAGCUCUGGCCCUUAUUCAAAUUUCACAAGCAUUCAGCCGUGCUGCCUUGCCCUUUGGCCUGGUCAGGAGGGAGCUCUCGUGCGAGGGCUACCCCAUCGAUCUCCGCUGCCCGGGGAGCGACGUCAUCAUGAUUGAGACGGCAAACUACGGCCGCACCGAUGACAAGAUCUGUGACGCUGACCCUUUCCAGAUGGAAAAUAUCAACUGCUACCUCCCCGACGCCUACAAAAUCAUAUCGCAAAGGUGUAACAAUCGGACACAAUGUAUUGUUGUCACCGGGUCAGAUGUCUUUCCUGAUCCCUGUCCAGGGACCUAUAAGUACCUUGAGGUUCAGUACGAGUGUGUCCCUUACAUUUUCAUUUGUCCUGGGACUCUGAAAGCUGUUGCGGAGCCCACCUUUGUCUUUGAGGCGGAACAGCAGGCGGGCGCGUGGUGUAAAGACCCCCUCCAGGCGGGCGACAAGAUCUACCUCAUGCCCUGGACGCCGUACCGCACGGACACCCUGAUCGAGUACUCCUCGCUGGAAGACUUCCGGAACGGCCGGCAGACCACCACGUACAAGCUGCCCCACCGGGUGGACGGCACGGGCUUCGUGGCGUACGACGCCGCCAUCUUCUUCAACAAGGAGCGCACGCGCAACAUCGUCAAGUUCGACCUGCGCACGCGCAUCAAGAGCGGCGAGGCCAUCGUGGCCAACGCCAACUACCACGACACGUCGCCCUACCGCUGGGGCGGCAAGUCCGACAUCGACCUGGCCGUGGACGAGCACGGCCUGUGGGUCAUCUACGCCACUGAGCAGAACAACGGCCGCAUCGUGCUGAGCCAGCUCAACCCCUACACGCUGCGCUUCGAGGCAACCUGGGACACGGCCUACGACAAGCGCUCGGCCUCCAACGCCUUCAUGGUGUGCGGCGUGCUGCACGUGGUGCGCUCCACCUACGAGGAGAACGAGAGCGAGGCCAGCAAGAGCCAGAUCGACUACAUCUACAACACCAAGAUGGGCCAGGGCGAGUUCACCGACAUCCUCUUCCCCAACCAGUACCAGUACAUCGCCGCUGUGGAUUACAACCCGCGCGACAACCAGCUUUACGUGUGGAAUAAUUUUUACAUCCUGCGAUACGAUCUGGAGUUCGGGCCGCCCGAUCCCGACGAAGCCCCAACCGUCGUUUAUGAUGUCACGCCGACCGCGCCUUUCAAAACCACGGCGAUCCCCCCCUCCUCCACGACGCUGCAGAGUCCGGUCAACAACACCAUCAUCCCUGACCGGUUGGAACCGCCUCCUGACCCCGAAGGCACCGCCGGCCCCACCGCUGUGGAACCUCCGCCCUCGUCCAGGCGCUUCUGCGAGGGAACGGUGCGGAGAGGGAUAGCGUGGCCGCAGACACACAGAGGCAUAAAUGUGGAGAGACCUUGCCCUAAGGGCACUAAAGGCAUCGCCUCCUACCUCUGCUCGGCAACCACGGGCGCCUGGAACCCCAAGGGCCCGGAUCUCAGCAACUGCACCUCCCAUUGGGUCUCGCAGGUAGCUCAGAAGAUCCGCAGCGGCGAGAACGCGGCCAACCUGGCCAACGACCUGGCGCACCACACCCAGUGGCCGGUGUUCCCCGGCGACGUCAGCUCCUCGGUGCGUCUCAUGGAGCAGCUGGUGGACAUCCUGGACGCUCAGCUGCAGGAGCUGCGGCCCAGCGAGAAGGACACGGCCGGACGCAGCUUCAACAAGGCCAUUGUAGAUACGGUUGACAACCUCCUGCGGCCGGAAGCCCUGAAAUCCUGGGAGGACAUGAAUUCGACAGAGCAAACGCACACCGCCACCAUGCUACUCGAUACCCUGGAGGAAGGAGCCUUUGUCCUUGCAGACAACCUGAUGGAGCCGGCUGUUGUCAAAGUCCCCGCUGAGAACAUAAUGCUGGACGUGUAUGUGCUGAGCACGGACGGCCAAGUGCAGGACUUCCGCUUCCCCCAGACCAGCAAAGGGGGGGCCACCAUUCAGCUGAGCGCCAACACCGUCAAGCUCAACAGCAAAAACGGCAUCGCCAAACUGGUUUUUGUCCUUUACAAGCACCUGGGCCACUUCCUCACGGUGGAGAACGCCACCAUGAAGCUGGGCGGGGAGCCGUGGGGACACAACCUCACGCUGGUGGUCAACUCCCACAUCCUGUCCGCCUCCAUCAAUAAGGAGUCCAGCCGCGUGUUCGUGACUGACCCCAUCGUCUUCACCCUGGAGCACCUCGACACGGAGCAUUAUUUUAACCCCAACUGCUCGUUCUGGAACUACUCGGAGAGGAGCAUGAUGGGCUACUGGUCCACGCAGGGCUGCAAGCUGCUGGACACCAACAAGACGCACACCACCUGCUCCUGCAGUCACCUGACCAACUUCGCCAUCCUGAUGGCGCACCGCGGGCACGUGCGCGAGGGAAGCGUCCAUGAACUGCUGCUGACGGUCAUCACGCGGAUGGGCAUCGCCGUGUCGCUGGUCUGCCUGGCCAUUAGCAUCUUCACCUUCUGCUUCUUCCGGGGCCUGCAGAGCGACCGCAACACCAUCCACAAGAACCUGUGCGUCAACCUCUUCAUCGCCGAGCUGCUCUUCCUCGUGGGGAUCAACAUGACCGAGCCCAAGAUUGUGUGCUCCGUAAUCGCCGGAGUCCUCCACUUCUUCUUCCUGGCGGCGUUUGCCUGGAUGUGUCUGGAGGGCGUGCAGCUGUACCUCAUGCUGGUCGAGGUGUUCGAGAGCGAGUACUCCCGCAGGAAGUACUACUACGUCUCCGGCUACCUCUUCCCCGCCAUCGUGGUCGGGAUCUCGGCCGCCAUCGACUACAGGAGCUACGGCACCAAGCGGGCCUGCUGGCUCAGAGUGGAUAACCACUUCAUCUGGAGCUUCAUCGGACCGGUCGCAUUCAUCAUUAUGCUCAAUCUCAUCUUCCUGGUUGUGACCAUGUACAAGAUGGUGAAGCAUUCGACUUCAAUGAAACCGGAUUCCAGUCGCUUGGAGAGUAUAAGGUCCUGGGUGUUGGGGGCAUUUGCACUGCUCUGCCUGCUGGGACUGACGUGGUCCUUCGGCCUGUUCUUCCUCAACGAGUCGUCCGUGGUCAUGGCGUACCUCUUCACCAUCUUCAACACCCUGCAGGGCAUGUUCAUCUUCAUCUUCCACUGCCUCCUUCAAAAGAAGGUGCGGAAAGAGUACAGCAAGUGCUUCCGCCAGUCCCAAUGCUGCGGCGGGCUGCCCUCGGAGAGCGCCCACGGCUCGGGGAAGGUGUCCACGACCCGCUCCACCGCCCGCUACUCCUCUGCCACGCAGAGUCGUAUCCGGCGGAUGUGGAACGACACGGUGAGGAAGCAGUCAGAGUCCUCCUUCAUCUCAGGAGACAUCAACAGCACCUCAACACUUAACCAAGGGAUGACUGGCAACUAUCUUCUAACUAACCCCCUCCUCCGACCUCACGACACUAACAACCCCUAUAACAACCUCCUCGCUGAAACCAUCGUCUGCAACACACCCUCGCCCCCAGCCUUUCAUUCUCCAGGUCAGCAGUCCCUGACCAACAGCAGGGACGUGAGCGCCAUGGACACGCUGCCCCUCAACGGUAACUUCAACAACAGCUACUCGCUGCGCGACGAGGAGUACGAGGACCCGGCGGCCGUGGUGCGCUGCACGGCCGACUGCACGCUGGGCCUGGACGACGCCGCCUUCGAGAAGAUGAUCAUCUCCGAGCUGGUGCACAACAACCUGCGUCCGCGCGGCGCCUCCAGGCCCGGCCACGCCGAGCCCCCCACCGACCCCAAGGACCGCGAGCGCGGGCGGCUGGCCGGCGGCGGAGGAGGAGGAGGAGGAGGAGGAGGAGGAGCGCCGUCGCCCCAGACGUGGCUGAGCGUGGAGGCCGGCGUCGUGCGGACGGGCGGGCGGUGCGGGGCGGGCAGCGGCAGCGAGGACGACGCCAUCGUGGCGGACGGCGACGACGACGACGACGGUGUGGACGCCUCCUCCCCGCUGACGGCGACGGCGGCGUCGUACCCGGCGUGCGUCUCCGGCGGGCCUCCGCCCUCCUCGCACCGCCCCCCGGCGCUGGAGCUGCUGCUGCACCCGCACCACCGGCAGGCCCUGGAGGCCCCGCUGCUGCCCCAGCGGACUCACUCGCUGCUCUACAGCGCCCAGCACCGGGCGCAGCGGCGGACCCCGCGCCCCCAGCCCGGCGACGAGGACGGCGGCGACGACGAGGACGGCGAGCGCUCGGACGACGCGGACGGCCCGGUGGCGGCCCGGGACGGCAAGGGCUCGCCCUCGCCCAACAACAGAGACUCCCUGUACACCAGCAUGCCCAACCUGCGGGACUCGCCCUCGCCGUACGCGGCCGACGAGGACGAGGACGAGGACGAGCUCUCGCCCUCCUCGUCCACGCGCAGCGACGCCGAGGAGCUCUGCCACAAGAGCAUGCCCGACCUGGGCGACGGGCCGCCCGCGCUCUCCUACUACCACAUCAGCCGGCGGGGCACCAGCGAGGGCUGCAUCGGGCCCGGGGACCCCGAGGACUGCCCGCAGCCGCCGCCCGCCGACGGAGAGCCCCCCAGGGACGGACAAAUGCAGCUGAUCACCAGCCUCUGAGCUCACGGCGGGUAGCGGUCCAAGAGACGCUUUGCCACUUUUAGCCCACCCACCCACCCCUCCCUAUCUCAUUUCAUUUGCUCUCUCUCUCUUUCUCUCUCUCUCUUUCUCUCGCUCCCUCUUUCCUACUCCCUCCAUCCCUCAAUCUGAUUCGCAGGCCACCAGGCAGGAAAAGUGAGCCACAUGUAGGAGGAGGCGGCAACGUGAAAUAACAUUUUUAUUGCUAACUCAACAAACACAAACAAACACAUGCACACGCACACAUACAAACACUCGUUUUUUUUUUUUUACAAAAAGAAGGAAGGAAAAACUUGCCAUCUGUGUAUUUUGAACUGUUCUGUUGGACUCCUGGGGUGGUAAAAUGCACAGAAUGGCGUGCGCGCGCGUGUACGUGUGGUGAGAAAACGAGGCGUCCAUGAUAAGCCUGGCGCCAUCCUCACCCAAUGCUUUUUUUUUGUAUGAUAUAACGAAACCAUGCCAAUGUCUUGGAGCUCCGAUACUGUCCUGAGUCUUUUUCCAAGUGGGAGCACUCUACUAACUCCGGAGCCUUCAGAUUCCCCACGACUCUAGAGCAAGGGCCACGCCUCAAAAAAAACUGAAGACUGAAAAGAAGAGAUUAUAAAGAACCACUAUUUCAGACUCAGGCCUUAUAUUUUCUCUAUUGCACAUUCAACUGUUGUACAAAGAACAGCUAAAGAAGAUAUAUUUUGCUGUACCACAAGUGUAAAAAAAAAAAAAAAAAGAUGAGAAGAAAACCAAGCAAAACAAUUAUUGCAACCAUUAAGUGCGAGAUGUCAGUGAAAGAGAUUAUUGUGAAGAGGUUGCACAUCAUGUUAAAAACGUGUUUAUUCUUCAUACACUUCAUUCAUUGUAGUACCUUUAAAACAUGGAGAAAAAAAGGAGACGCAUAAGUUCAUACACACAUGUCCACUUGUGAGCAGUGUUUUAGCUUCCAUGGAACAUGGGUUUUGACGGUUUUUUAAAAGAGAUGUGUUUUUGCCAAUGUUUCAUGUACCAUUUCAAACAAAAGAUAGCAACGCCUUGCACAAAUUUGGAGUGAAUUGGGUUAUUAUGUAAUUUAUUUACUGUAAAAUACUUGACAGUAAUAGUCAAGAUUCAAAUAUCUCGUGUUGAUACGAUCAAGAACGUUAAAUAAUUUAUUAAGAGUGAUGGAUUGAGGGAAAUGAAAGGAAUGUGCUGGAAAGAAGUGUGGUUUGCAUCAGCACUGUUGAUACUCAUUUCAAUCAUUUUGUAAAACCCCAUUGUCAGAAGCUGAUGUAAAAUCCAACUCUUGUUUGAUGUCAAAUAAAUGUGAGAAUUUUUUUUCUGGUUUGCAAA